CGCGGCCGUAGUGGGUAGCGCUCUCGCAGCCGUCUGCGAUGAGUUUAGUUUUGAAAACAAGGGGCCGAUCGUCGCUCGCGCCGUGCUACGUCGCCGCCGUCGUCGUCGUCGCCGUCGUCGCCGCCGCGUGUAGACGGAAGUGCUCGGUCGCAAGCGCGGACGUGGAUUAAAACGCGCCGCCGUUGAAAGUCGUGUGUACAGUUUUUAUACGAUCCUUCACGUUCAGCCCUUUAUUCGUGCAGACAUCCGUCCAUCCCGUUCCUUUCUCUCUCUCUCUCUCUUUCUAUCUAUCUCUAUCUGUGUAUCUUUCCUCUCCCUCAGCCGACCUUAAACGACUCCUACGCUUCUGGCGUGCUCUCUUUCCGUUGUUGGGCGAAACGUAACCGAUAAAAAAGAAUGGACGCCCUUCGAGAGCAGGUAAUGAUCAAUCAGUUUGUAUUGGCCGCAGGCUGUGCCAGGGAACAGGCCAAGCAGUUGCUGCAAGCGGCACAUUGGCAGUUCGAGACCGCUCUCAGUAUUUUUUUCCAAGAGGCGGCGAUACCCUCCUGCGCACAGGGAGCCGGCACCCACUUUGGCCAAAUAACACCAUGCAACACGCCAGCUACUCCACCGAAUUUCCCGGAUGCGCUGCUGGCGUUCUCCAAAAUGUCAGCUGGUGAAAAAACUCCAUCAGGCAUGUCCCCGAACCAGAACGGAUUACAGACAAACUCGGCAUCGGGUGUCAUGCAGCAUCAUGCCGUCAGCGGUCGGUGUAGCGCAUCGGGCAAUGUGACGCAGCAACAGACGCAGCCGCAGCAGACGCAAUUUGGCUUGGGCGAGCCGCAGAGAUAAGAGUGACUGUGCUAGUCGCGAGCGCGAAAUGUCACGUAGAUGACGCGCGAUAACGUUUCCGGAGCGCGAGUGAUGUUCCGAGCAUGGAACGAGAGAAUCGAGAAACGGUUGGAACACAUGGGGAAGAGAAAAAUUCAUUUUUUCCGAGAAGAAACGCGUCCUUCCCGAAAGAGAGAGGGGGAGAAUGAAACUACAGGGAAAAAUAUCUUUAUUGGAUUGGAACCGGAUUAUGUGCUAUUGAAUUGUUACGUUAUCCGCGCACAAUAAUAGCAAUGUGUGAUGCGAUAUGUGUGCAUGUGUAUGUGUGUAUUAUAUCUGUGUAAUGUGCGAGUGAGUAUCGAUUUUCUCAACGACACCCAUUCACGUCAUUUAUCACGGGAUGAUACGCAUCUCUAUUGCUUGGUUCUUUUUCCGGCUUCUCCGAGAGAUCACAUCUAGUUUAAAAUGCGUUGAAGAAUCUGACUACAUAUAUAUAUAUGUAUACACACACAUACAUGAAAAGGUGAAGAAGAAAAGGUGAAAAUUACACCGUAGGAUUUUCUUCUCUUUUCUCUGACAUGCCGGGACCAUACUGUAGGUCCGAAAUGGUCAAAAAGACAUUGAUAACAAUCCUGAAUCACAUUGUAAGAAUAGCUCUCCCGCUCCGAAAUCCAACUUCCUAUCCCUAUAUACUAUAAACAGUGGCUGUUUCUUUAGAAUUCACCGUACACCACCGUUAGACUAGGCAACGAAUUUUCGCUAUCACUUCCACGUCACAGUACAAAAAAAAAAAACUGCGAGAGUUUCUUCGGUUCUCGUCUUGAAAAAUCUUUGUCGCGCACUUUUUCGCGAAAAAUGAUGAGAAACCACAUAUUUUCAACAUGAUGAAAGAUAAGGAUGCACCGAAGAUAUUCAUUUUUGAAUCGUGGAACUCGGCUAGUUUAUAAUCCUUUUACUGUUCUCCUAAAAUAGAAUAAUGCUUACAGUUAUUCACGCGAACGCCCAUAUUCUGUUUCCAUAAGCAUACUGAUAUUUCGAUGGUAUAAAUAUACCAAGCUAAUUAAGUAUAAUAAACGAAGAUUUACCGUGUAAAAACUUGUAAAAAAGGAUAUCCCGAAUUGUGUGUAUCGUUGAUUUUACAUAUAUUAAUUAAUUACAAGUAAAAAGUAAUUAAAAUAAAAUUAAUAGAGUAUAAUAGCUCGAAUAAUUGACGCGUCAAUAAUAAUAUACCUGGUGUCUUUUUUUCAGUCCAUUUUUGCUGUCAUGAUAAGUGGUAAAGAAUUCUCGAGUCGAUUAUUAUGUCGGCUGAACGUGUGAAUACAGAACUAGAAAAUAUUUGAUUUUUAUGCAACACUAAACUUCACAAUGUUUACAAAUGCUCUUGUCUGGCAGCUCUCUGGCAAUACGAUUUUACCUGAUAUCAUAGUUGUAUAUCGAUAUUCCCGGAAUAUAUCGAAUUCUAUAUCGGUCAUUAUAUUUCUCGUAACAUGGAUGGAUAAGCAUCCAUAUUAUAGAUAUAUAUUUGUUUCCAUUAAGAUUCUAUUUAUUCUUUGUAGUAGCAAUUUUAUAUAGUUUCUUUCUUUUUUAUAGCUUUUUAGAAAUCUCUUUCCAAUUAAAAUGAUAAUAGAGAAUUCUUUAUUCUUUAUAAUUGAUUUUUUUAUAUAUAACUGACGGCAAAGUUCUUUACGAAUGCAAUAUUUGAUUUUUUUAUUUGUAAACGUAAUAGUGAUGUCGAUGAAAAAAAAUGACAAAGAAUCCAAGUUUAACUGGAUGAUUUAAUUUUCAAUCAUGCGAUCGAAAUUCGAAUAUCCAGGCGUCGAAUAUAUAGCUUUAUCUCUGUGAAUGCGCGUUUAUGUAAAUAAUAGUAGAUAUUAGUUGUAAGAAGAAAAGAGAAUUUUGUGAGUAUGGCGAAAUAUUUUUUCCAAUAAGGUACACGCUUUAAUACCUUCCUUAUAUUUGUGUAAUAUGUGUAGGCUGUAUUUAAGAUAACACACUGUCGACGAGAAUGAAAAUGUUUUACUAUGUUGAAAUUAUAAUUAUUGUUUAUUUGACUAUUACAAGGACAAAUAAUGGUCGUGUAAAUAAUUUUGGAGAAUUAAAUAAAAUAUGAAUAUUGGUGCUUUCUUA